UAUGUUAUUUUAUAACUAUAACGUGGCUUUUCUGUGAUUAUGAUCAAUCAUUAUUACGUCUACGCUUUAACUAAUUGCGUGUUCGCUGGCCAGGCAACUGAGAAAGAAAAAAUACAGAGAUAGAGAGAAGAAUCAAUAAUGUAUUGUGACUGAAAACAAAAUAAGGGAAGAGGAGAAAAAACAAAACCAAACAAACCUCAAAAGUUAGGGUUUCCUUUUUGGUUCGUUGCUGUGGAAUCGAUUCCUUUGCCUUAUAUUAAACGUGCGUCGUUGUGAAGUAGAAGCAAGACUCGCAGCAUUGCUCUGCUAGUUUUGACAUUUAAGCGUCACCUAACCUUCUUCGUUUGCUUUUUAAAUAAUUCUGCAUUUUCUCGCUUCUUUGAUCACUGCUUCGCAAAUUGAUCUUCGUCGACGAAUUGUGCAUUCCUGUGCUGGUGAUGGGUAUGGUUUGGAUUUCAAAUGUCUUUCUUCUCGGGUAAUGAGAUGCAUCAAGUUUUGAAGCACAGUGAGCAGGGAUGGAUAUUGCUGCUCUUUUAACUUCUGCUGGAAUUAAUAUUGCUGUGUGUGUGGUUCUCUUUUCAUUUUAUUCUGUAUUAAGAAAACAACCCAGUAAUGUUAAUGUGUACUUUGGGAGGAGACUAGCCUCUCAGCAUUCAAGACGCAUUGAUCUCUGCUUGGAAAGAUUUGUUCCCUCCCCUAGCUGGAUAUUGAAAGCAUGGGAAACAUCUGAGGAUGAGAUAUUGGCUAUUGGUGGCUUGGAUGCUGUGGUUUUUGUGAGGAUACUUGUUUUCAGUAUUCGAGUGUUUUCCAUUGCUGCUGUCAUAUGCACUAUUCUGGUGCUUCCUGUAAAUUACCAUGGAAUGGACAGAAUGUAUAAGAAUAUACCUUUGGAGUCGCUGGAAGUAUUUACCAUUGAGAAUGUCAAAGAAGGAUCAAAGUGGCUUUGGGCUCAUUGUCUUGCACUAUACAUCAUAACAUUAUCGGCUUGUGCUCUUCUUUACUUUGAAUAUAAGAGUAUUACUAAUUUGAGGCUACUACAUAUUAUUGGAUCACCUCCAAAUCCAAGCCAUUUUACAAUUCUUGUCCGAUCAAUUCCCUGGUCUUCAGAAGAAUCUUACUGUGAAACUGUGAAAAAAUUCUUCUCAUAUUACCAUGCAUCAACAUAUUUGUCGCACCAAAUGGUUUAUAAGUCCGGUAAAGUUCAAAAACUGAAGGAUGAUGCUGAACAUAUGUGUAAGGUAAUUAGAGAUGCUUCAAUGGAAAGGACUUGUAAGCCUAGUUUUAUGCAAUGUUGCUGUUCUGGAGCACCAACAAUUUCUUUUAAGAAGAUUUCUACUGAAAUGGGUAGUACGCAUGGGAGAACUUGCAACACUGACUUGCAUUUAGAUACAGGAAAAAAGGAAUGUUCCUCUGCUUUUGUGUUCUUUAAAAGUCGGUAUGCUGCUCUUACGGCUGCACAGGUACUGCAGACAUCAAAUCCUAUGUUAUGGGUGACAGAUGUAGCUCCUGAACCACAUGAUGUUUAUUGGUCCAAUAUUUGCAUACCAUAUAGGCAACUUUGGAUCCGAAGGAUAGCUACACUUGCGGCCUCGGUUGCCUUCAUGCUUGUGUUCCUUAUCCCUGUUACAUUUGUACAAGGCUUGACUCAACUAGAAAAACUUCAGAAAAUGUUCCCUUUUCUGACAGGGAUACUUAAAGAGAAAUUUGUGAAUCAGGUGGUGACUGGUUACCUGCCAAGUGUGAUAUUGGUUUUAUUUUUGUGCGCAGUUCCACCCGUGAUGAUAUUAUUUUCUGCUGUGGAGGGUUCUAUUUCCCGCAGUGCAAGGAAGAAGAGUGCAUGUUUUAAAGUCUUGUACUUCACAAUCUGGAACGUGUUUUUUGUUAAUGUAUUUACUGGUUCUGUUAUCAGUCAGCUCUCAGUCUUUUCUAGCGUAACAGAUCUGCCUGCCCAACUUGCCAAGGCAGUGCCAGCACAGGCUACUUUCUUCACAACUUACAUUUUAUCAUCUGGCUGGGCAAGUUUGGCAGUUGAAGUUAUGCAAAUUUUCCCUCUACUACGCAAUCUUUUCCAGAGAUUCAUACUCAGGCUUAAAGAAGAUGCACUGGAUGGCAGCCUAUCUUUUCCGUACCAUACAGAAGUUCCAAGAAUCUUACUGUUUGGAUUCCUCGGGUUCACUUGUGCUAUUCUGGCACCCCUAAUGUUGCCCUUCUUGUUGGUCUACUUUUUCAUUGCUUACCUUGUUUAUCGAAACCAGAUUAUCAACGUAUACAUUACAAAAUACGAUAGUGGGGGACAGUUCUGGCCCAUUGUUCACAACACAACGGUUUUUUCGUUGCUAUUUUCUCAACUUAUCGCACUAGGGGUGUUUGGACUCAAACGCUCAUCAGUUGCAUCUGGAUUCACCAUUCCUCUGCUGAUUGGUACGCUUCUAUUUCACCAGUAUUGUAGGCAACGGUUUCUCCCAGUAUUUAGGAGCAAUUCAGCACAGAUUCUUAUUGACUUGGAUCGGAGAGAUGGGCACAGUGGAAGGAUGGAAGAAAUUUAUGAACAUUUGCGUUCAGCCUACAACCAGUCCAGUUUAAUGCCACAUACCACAAGCCAACCCGAAUGUGUCAGUCUUCACGAGGACAAGGAUAGUGGUCCAUCUUCAUCAGAAGAUAUGGAGACAGGCAAUGAAAAUGAAAUUAGUCAAAAAGAUAGACCACGGCCCAUUCAACGCACAUUGAGUAUGAGUUCAGAUAAAUCCGUACUUGGUGUAAAGCAAUGAAUACUCAGAAUUGUACAUUGUAAUAAGAAUAAGAAUAUCAUGACGUGCACUAAAGGUGCCGGUGCAUGAACAAUUGAUCCAUUAUAGAUGGAGAUGAAAGUCUCUUGAUAUAUUGUUCAUUAAAUUUUUUUAGUUGUAAAUAGUUUUUCAAAUGAUUUUCAAUUAAAUGUGAAUAGACAUGUAAGGAUAACAAUGCCAUCCAAGUAAUUUUGCAGUAAAUGAGGUCAUUUACAUAAAUCAAACAACGUUGUAAUAUUGCAUCUUAAGUUAUAUUGAUCUCUGAAUCCUUUUUUAAUGAUUUUGUUUAUGAUUUUUCUUGA